CCUCUCUCCCUCGCAGCCGCUCAGACUCCGUUAGCAACGGCCUCUGUUGCUACGCAGAAAGGUCACUUCCUCCUACUGGGGGCCUGGCGAGGCUGUGCCCCACUGUCUGACGGGAGUUGUAGUUCGGCGGCCAGCGUUCCAGGCUCCCUCCCCCUCCUUCCCGUGUGUCAACCGCGCUGCAUCCCGGGAGUUGUAGUCCUGCCAGGAGCGCCGGGCCUGCGCUGGGGCCGGCAGGAAGAGGCUGAAAAGACUACGGGGAGGCCGAGCGCGGCGGUGUGGGGUGCCGCAAGCGUCGGGGGCUGUGCUCGAGCACGGCAGCAUGAAGAGGCGAGCAGGGGCGAGCGAGAAAAAAGAAGCCAAGAAACAGAAGCUUCUUGAGGAACUUGGAGAGAGUUGGCUUCCAUAUCUGACACCUAGAGAUGCCGAAUUCCACCAACUGUGGAAGACCAGAUAUUCCAAACUCUUCCUCAGGAAAGCUUAUAAGAUACCCCAAGAACUUCAUCACAUAGUGCAAGAAGCCUUUUUGACCUUGCAAAAACAUGAUUGUUUCUUCCAAGAUCUUGUAAGGAUCAAAGGAAAAGAUUUUCUUACACCAGUAUCUCGUAUAUUAAUUGGAAACCCAGGAUGCACUUACAAAUACUUGAACACAAGACUGUUUACUGUUCCAUGGCCUAUGGAGGAUUAUGAAAUAAAAUAUUGUCAUCCUGAAUUAUUUGCAGCUUGUAAAGCAUUAAUCAAACUUAAUGACUACUUGAAUGUAGAAGCCGUCCAGGCUUUGCAAGAACAAAAUUUAUCUGAGACCAGAGAAACUGAAAAUACUGCUGUCACAGAUAGAGAACAGGAUUUUUCUACUUUUAUUAAGGGGUCCCUCUUAGAAGUUCAAAGCAGUCUUUAUACACCAAGGAAUGACUGCACCAGUCUUAAGUACAGAACAUCUUAUAACUUGACUUUAUUGAAUUAUAUGGAUCCUCUACAAAUGCCGUCCUUGAAACAAGAGCCUUAUUUUGGAAUGGGGAAUAUGGCAGUGAGCUGGCACCACGAUGAAAAUCUCAUUGAAAAGUCAACAGUAGCUGUGUACAAUUACAGCUGUGAAGGUUCUGCAUGUGACAAAGAUAAUGAACAGUAUGUGGAAGGGAGAGACCCAGCUGACUGGCACGUAGGCCUGAAGGUAGCAUGGGACAUAAAGACACCUGGACUGGCAAUACCCCUUCACCCAGGAGACUGCUAUUUUAUGCUGGAUGAUCUCAAUAUGACACAUCAGCAUUGUGUUCUGGCUGGUUUUGAGCCUCGUUUCAGCUCUACCCACAGAGUGGCAGAGUGCUCAACAGGAACACUGGAAUAUAUUUUUGGACAGUGUGAGGUUGCACUUCAGAAUUUACAGGUUGAUUCUGAUUCAGCGGCUUUGUCUUUGAAAUCACUGGAAGUCCAAGUUGUAAAGGAAGUGGAAGGAAUCCAUAACGAGGUCGAAUUUGAGUGGCUUAGGCAGUUUUGGUUUCAGGGCAAACGCUAUAGGAAGUGCACUGAUUGGUGGUUUGAACCAAUGGCUAAAUUGGAAGAAUUUUGGAAAAAGAUGGAGUUUAUGACAAGCCUGGUGCUCUGUGAAGUUGGAAAAGGGGAACGAACCAUGGAACAAAGGAAUGAAAUCAUCAGCUGCUUCUUGCCACUUCUUACUGAGCGACAAGAGCUACGCAAAGAAUGGACCGCAAGUGACCUAUCUAAGAGUCUCAUCCAUAUGAUCUACAUAAACAGACUGUUACCAUACACCUCACUUUACCUCAUCAAAGCUUCAGCUAGAUGUCUGGAAUGAAGCCGUGACUGUGGGAGCCAUCAAGCAUGCAGUGGUGAAAGUUCUGAAACGUCCGCCCCAGUGCUCGCAGGGGCUGCCCGUGUUUUAGAGAUCAGUCUAUUGCGUACUUUGGAAUUACAUGAGAAAAAUGUGCUUGGACAGGAAAUAAUUAGCACUUGUCAAAGGGCAGGCAACAGGCUACAGUAUUUUACUUUCAGCAGGCUAUCAGGGGAUCCGCUAGAUUAGAUAAUAGAUUUUUUUUUCCCCCUCUGGAAGUUAAAUACAGAUGACUCUAAUUACCUUCCAUUGCACAUUAUUAGAGAGCACAUUAUGAACAGUACAACUUGAAGAAAUUUAGGUCAACUAAGAGACUAGCUGGCAAAAACUUUACCGUGCUCUGAGAGUAAUGUAGCCAUUCUGUUGUUUCAGCAGGUUCACUUGUGGCACUGAUACCUUAAUUUAAAAAAAAAAUAAUAAAAAGAAAUACAUGGUUGGAACAGUAACACAGCUCUAAGGGGAUUGUGCUUUUACAGGCCGGUGAGUCUUCCUCGC